CGAUUCGGCGACAUAGUAGUGAGACAACUUAGCUAGGACAGUUCGCUCUCGAUAGAUUCGCCCUCGUGAAAGGCGGCCUGCUAAAACCCCCAAUACGCAUAAUGGCAGCCACCAAGGUUAUCAUCCCGCGGGAACGGCUCGUGGCUUUGCAACAGGCUUACGACACACUAUGCUUAUAUCUCGGCUUCCACGACGAUGAAAAGCAUUUUGCACGGCAAAUCUUAGACGGAUACUCCGUGGCCCCCUUUUUUGCGGAGUACCGGCACGACUACCUCGAAGCCGAAGCAGAGGUCGAGAAUAUAGACUGCGAUGAGCUGUUUCGGUGGUGCAGAUCGAAUAACGCGUUUGCUCUGCCAAAGUAUGUAAGCUCUAAAACGCCGAGAAAGGGGAGUUGGACUGCACUUGACCAUGCUACUCGGUUUCUCGUCCGCGUGCUACUAUUUAGUUGGGAUAACGGCGGCGACUGGAAUCAUGGAUGUUUUGAUCCUGAUAAUGAUCAGGAUUUUGAGAGCGACAAGGAGUUUCAUCAGGUGUGGGCCAUCCUACGGUACUUACAGAUGGAAUGGGAGGCUGCUAAUAUCGAAGAAUGGGAGGGAGAUGGCUUGAGCGAGACUCUGGCGGGUAUGCUAUCCAGUAGGUUGUAAUUUAGGAAAAGGGGGGGGAGAGGAGGAGGUUAAUGUCGAGUAGUAUUAUUCUCUCCACAUAGCUACUAGUAUGGUUACAGGUUAAUUCAUACGAGAUUCUGGAGGGUUGAAGCGGUUAGUAUCAUUAGAGCCGACCAUUUCAUACCCAUAUGCAGGCUUCUACACUAUCGAUUCACA